GGAGGGAAAAAAGGAGCGAACCCUAGUUAUCUCCACGUCUUACGGUACAAGUACAACAACGCUCCUCUGGUUCCCCCACACCACAAAACCCUCCCUCCCUCUAUAUCUCUCUUUCGCUGGUUCUUCUAAACCCUAACUCUUCAAACCAACAAACAGACUCUCACUUCAAUGGCUUCUACACCCUCUGCUGUUAUUACGGAGCACGUCGAGAACGGCUCAGCCACCGCGCCAGGACCCGAUCCAGAAAUGCAGACAUCAUCGGAUGCGACGCCGCAGGCCGAAACUGCCGCCGUCGACGCUACCACCACAGCCGCCGAUGCCGUAACCGACGCAGCAGAAGCACCAGAAACCGAGAACGAUCCCACAGAAGCACUAGCAGGGGCGGAUACAGUUAAGGUCGAGACUGCCGAGCCUGCUGCGGCUCCCGAGCCGGAACCGGAAGCGGCUAAGUGGCCCGGGUGGCCCGGGCACUGCGUGUUCCGGCUCAUUGUGCCUGUGCUCAAAGUGGGAAGCAUUAUCGGACGGAAGGGCGACCUCAUCAAGAAAAUGUGCGAGGAGACUCGCGCCCGCAUUCGCGUCCUCGACGGCCCUUCUGGUUCUCCUGAUCGUAUCGUCUUAAUAGCUGGGAAAGAAGAACCUGAAGCACCACUGUCCCCCGCGAUGGAUGCUGUUAUAAGAGUGUUCAAACGGGUCAGUGGACUAUCUGAGACUGAGGGUGAUGGUAAAGCAGCUGGAGUUGCAUUUUGUUCUAUCCGGUUAUUGGUGGCAUCCACACAGGCCAUAAAUCUAAUCGGAAAGCAGGGCUCUUCAAUCAAGUUAAUACAGGAAGGCACUGGUGCUUCAGUCCGGGUUCUCUCAACUGAUGAGGUUCCCUUUUAUGCCAACUCAGAUGAGAGGAUUGUGGAGUUGCAAGGAGAAGCUCUCAAAGUUCUUCAAGCUCUGGAAGCUGUGGUGGGGCACCUAAGGAAGUUCUUGGUGGACCAAAGUGUGCUUCCUUUAUUUGAAAAGAUUAACAGUCCCGCCCCCCCACAGGAACGCCCAGUUGAGAACUGGGCUGACAAGUCAAUGCUGCUUAGUGCUUCUCAAACUGGGAUGGGAACUGAUUAUCCUCUUUCGGCAAAGAGGGAGUCUCUAUUUUUUGACCGUGAAACUCAUCUGGAGUCUCAUAUGCCCUCAUCUGGAAUUUCACUGUAUGGCCAAGAUCCUGGACCUGCGGGAAUGCGUUCCACAGGGCUUGGGCGUGCUGGUGGCCCUAUUGUUACCCAGAUUGCACAAACAAUGCAAAUACCACUUGCUUAUGCUGAGGAUAUAAUUGGGAUAGGAGGGGCUAAUAUAGCUUAUAUCCGGCGUACAAGUGGGGCCAUCCUCACUGUUCAAGAGAGCAGAGGACUUCCGGAUGAGAUCACGGUGGAAAUUAAAGGGACCUCAUCUCAGGUUCAAGCUGCUCAACAGCUGAUUCAGGAAUUCAUCAGCAGCCACAAGGAACCUGUCAGUAGCAGUUAUGGAAGGAUGGACACUGGUUCGAGGUCUUCUUACUCUCAGCUGGGCAAUACUACCUACCCAUCAUCUUCCUUAUCGGCACAAUCCUAUGGUGGGUAUGAACCUUCCGACUUCGGUGGAUAUGGUAAUUACAGGUACUAGGUCAACUUGGAGGUCCCCUUUUGCUGCCGUCUAGUCCAAAUUGAUGUGAGAUUUGUAGUCUGUAUAAAGCUUCUACGGAUGGUUCAUCUGUUGUUUUUCCGGAUAUUGGCUAUCUUGAACUGGAAGUAUGCAGGUGCUACGAAUUGAAGAGAUGGAAAGGGGGAAAAGAUAAAAAAAAAUGUUAGAUAAGAAACUGACCAAUUGUAGUGAUUUUAUAUGUUCUCAUUAUGGGUAUUUUUUGGUUUUUGUUUUGUAUUC